CGCCCUUAGAGUUUCCGGCGGCGGGUGAGGUUGUAUCCGGCACCAGGGAACCCGGCCAUGGCUGCCCUGCUCCGAGCUGUGCCCAGGUGGCGGGGGCCGGCCGCCUGGGGCAAGCCCCUCUCUGGGCUGUGGUCCUGCGGUGGGCGAGAGGAUCCCAAGAGGUGGGUGCGGAGCAGGUCUCCCGGUUCCGAGGAGAAAGCCCCGGGCACAGAGACUGAGAAGUUCCAGAUGGUCUACCGUUUUGAUGCCAUCAGAGCGUUCGGGUACAUAUCCCGGCUGAAGGUGGCACAGACUGCCCUGACGCUGGUGGCUCUGCCGCCCGGCUUCUACUGGUACUCCCAGGGCCUCAUGCCGCUCGACUCGCUGUGCCUGGUCAGUGGCAUAGCGGGCUUCGCCCUGGCCAUGCUGUGCUGGAUGAGCCAUUUCUUCCGCAGGCUGGUGGGCAUCCUGUACGUGAACGAGUCGGGCACCGUGCUGCGGGUGGCUCACCUCACCUUCUGGGGCUGGCGACAGGACACGUACUGCCCCGUGGCGGACGUGGUCCCCCUGACGGAGACGAGGGACCGGCCCCACGAGGUGUUCGUGCGCAUCCAGCAGUACAGCGGGAAGCAGACCUUCUACCUCCCUCUGCGCUACGGGCGCGUCCUGGACAGAGAGCGGUUCACACAGGUGUUUGGGAGACUGGACUCGCUCAAGUGAACAGCUGGGCCUCUGGGAAGCCCUGGGCCCCUUGGAUCACUAACCAAGAAGGCUGAGGGUGUAGACGAGGCCGAAGGAGGGAAUCGGGCACCUGGAGACUGUCAGAGGCCCGGGAGUUUGUCUUUUCGGAAGACGACAGAAAUUCGGACCCAGGUUUAUGGGAAGGAGCCCGAGCGCGGAUUCUUCCUGCACUUGCGCGUGCUGUUCUUGCAGAUAAUGGCCAAGAGGUUCUGUUCGGGUCCAGUCCUUGGAGGAAGCUAUGCACGGUCACCCGGACAGUUCACGGGUAUUUGGAAGACAGAUGUGGGAGGAGCACAGGGUUUGGGGUGCUGUCAGCUCUCGGCUCGCUGUUCUGGGCAGCUGACGGAGCCUGUCUGAGCCUUGGUUUCUCACAUCUGUAAAACGGAAAGUUCUUUCUGUCUCAUGGGAUGGAUGUCAGAACACACAGUAAACAUGCAAGGCCGCAGCCCUGGGCGAGUGGGAAGCAUUUGCUCAGAGGUGGUGGUCGGGGCUUUCAGGCAGCGUGCGGGAGCCCUGUGUUCUGCCUCUCCAUGCACCCCUUAGCAGAAGAGAGUGGGACGAAGGGUGGCAGGGGCAUUGCACCCUCCCAGGACGGUGACUGCACCCCGAGUGAGGCACGACGCCCCAGCUGAGAUGUUCCGCACCCACAGGCCAUCCUGCUGCAUCAUAGAGCCGGAUGGGUGUGUGCCUCGCUCCACCUCUGCGUGUUGCCUCCCGUGAUCUGUUUGUGUGUCUGCCACGCAGCUUGUAGCAGGGUAAAGAUCUUCGUGAUUUUGCCAUGCAUAAGUCAAUAAAUUUUGUAUCACCUCUA